GUUUUUCUACCUGUACCACUUCGCUUUCUAUGCGUACCACUACCGCUUCAAUGGGCAGUACAGCAGCCUGGCUCUGGUCACCUCCUGGCUCUUCAUCCAGCACUCCAUGAUCUACUUCUUCCACCACUACGAGCUGCCCGCCAUCCUGCAGCAGGUGCGCAUCCAGGAGAUGCUGCUGCAGACCCCGCCCCUGGGCCCCGGGACCCCCGCAGCGCUGCCCGAUGAACUGAACAACAACUCAGGCACCCCGGCCGUGGUCCCGGACCCUGCUGGCCAGCCCCCUGCCCUGGGCCCUAGCUCACCAG